ACGUUCACCGCCUCACACCGCCGCCCGCCGAUCUUUAUAAAUACGCAGCGGCGAGCUCAGUCGCCCUCAUCGGCUGCCUGCGAGCGCUCGUUGCCUUUUCUGAUCACACCAUGAGAGCUUUCGUCGUCAUCGUCACCCUCGCGGUCCUCUCUGGCUGCCGGGCCAAGAGCGUCGCUCGGGAUGACUCGGAGACGACCUGGGACGACUACUUCAAAAACUACUUGACGGAGUUGAACGAGAAGGCCGAUGAGCUCGUGACGGACAUUAAGAGCUCCCAGAUCAGCAGAGAACUGGACACCCUGAUCCAAGACAGCAUGGCCGAGUUGGGCAUGUACCGGGCCGACCUUGAAGCGAAGCUGACCCCGCACAUGCGCGAGGCCGGAGCGCGCCUGAGCAAAGACCUGCAGGGACUGCUCGAGCAGUUCCGUAAACACGUGAGCGACGCCGUGGAGCAGCUGGAGACCUACAGACAGGAGCUGCAGACCGUGGUGGAGCAGAACUCCGACGAUGUCAGACUCAGGGUCACCACGUACACCCGCAAGCUGAAGAAACGCCUCAACAAGGACGCCGUGGAGAUCCAAAGGCAACUUACCACCUACUUUGAAAAGCUCCACUCCCGCACCUCGGACAACAUCGCGGACCUGCGGGGGCAUCUGGAUCCUUAUUUUGCUCAGGUGCGAGACAACGCCCAGGCCAAGAUCACCACCCUGAACGACCUGCUGAAGUCCCAAGUGGAGAGCGUGAAGGACACCAUUCAGACCGCAGUGGAGAACAUCUCCAAAAGCUACGAGAAGACAACGUCCGACCUGUACCCGGUCCUGCAGGAGAAGAUGGAGGAGCUCAGCAGCUGGUUUCAGCCUUUCGUCUCCAUGUUUACGAACAACAUGUAAACCACUAGUCUGACUACCAC